AUGGCCACGCGACUCAGCCCCCGAAAUUCGGAGGUGAACGCUCUUGAGCAGCGGGGCUAUCUGAUUGGCAAAAAGAUCGGACAGGGCUCGUACGCGACCGUGCACCUGGCUGAGUACGUGGACGGGACGAGCUCGAAGAAAUUGCGACUAGCCUGUAAGAUAUUCGACAAAGAGAAGGCACCCCGUGAUUUCCUGAACAAGUUCUUUCCCCGUGAACUCGAGAUCCUAACAAAGAUCGAGAAUCCGCACAUCAUCCAAGUGCAUAGUAUAUUGCAACGUGGCCCGAGAGUGUUUAUCUUCAUGCGUUACGCCGACAACGGCGAUCUACUAGACUUCGUGAAGAGGAAUGGCGUCGUGCCGGAACAGCAGUCGAAGCUCUGGUUCAGGCAGAUGGCCUCCGGUCUCCAUUAUCUCCACGGCAAGAACAUCGCUCAUCGUGAUCUCAAGUGCGAGAACAUUCUUCUCUCUAGGAAGUUCAACGUGAAGCUCGCGGACUUCGGUUUCGCGAGGUUCUGCAUCGAUCACGACGGCAGACGUGUCCUGAGCGAGACGUACUGCGGGUCCGCGGCGUACGCCGCACCGGAAGUGGUCUCCGGCACGCCGUACAACCCUAAACUGGCCGAUGUCUGGUCCCUCGGGAUUAUUCUCUUCAUCAUGCUGAACGCGUCGAUGCCGUUCGACGAUUCGAAUCUGAAGAAACUGCUCAAGGAUCAGAUGUCUCGAAACUGGAUGUUUCGGUCACGGGUACGUGAAACGGUCUCCGCGCUGGCCAAGAGUAUCGUCAAACAUAUCCUCGAGCCGGAUAUCACCUUGCGGCUGACGUUGGAACGUGUUCUCGGCCACGAAUGGGUCCGUACUAAGAAGGAGAAGCCAGGAUCCCUCUCUGGUCGGCUGGUGCAUUCGGCACCGCCCAUUCAUCCGCAGGUGUGCGGAGGCGGAGGAAACUUAGUUGGGGCGGGAGCCGCAGGCGGUUGCAACGUGCCUGUAGUACUGAGGGGUCUGCCAUCGUUCAAGAACUCGGACAACCACAACCAGGGUACCGCCGUGAAGUCCACGGACAAUCCAGGGAAGAACACGCAGCUGUCCGCCGUCGAGUGA